AUGGUGCCCCGAUGCGUCCCAUGCGGCCCGCGCUCGCUGGCCGCUGGGCUGCUGCUGCUGGGCGGCGCCCGGGCCAGGUGCUCGCUCUCCGGGGAGGACUGUCGCGGCAGCCGCUGCUGCGCCAGGCCCAACGAGCGCUGCUACGAGAAGGACCUCUGGGGAGGAAGGGGGGGCAGGCAGAGCUGCGACAAGGGCACGGUGGGCCACUGGGACGAUCCCCCGCAGUUCCGCACGAACUGGAGUUGCAACGAGGUGAAGCCGCUUCGGGAGUUGACGCAGUGCGCCGGGCAUUUCGACGACUGUCGUACGUCCAGGUGCUGCCAGGAGCCCGGCGCCCAGUGCUUCGAGAAGAACGCGAGGUGGGCGCAGUGCAAGCAGAGCGCCGACUGA